ACAAAAUUGACGCGGUAGUUAUGAACGCCAAAGACAUUUUAAUGAAAGCUGUCCAAUGCGACAAGGAUGGUCGCAUAUUGGAAGCUCAAGAUCUCUACCAAGAUGGUAUACAAAUUCUUAUGGAAUUGGUCGGUGAUGAGAAAGACACCGCCAAAAAGAAAGUCUACCUGGAACGCAUUAAAGAAUACAUCGACCGGGCCGAACAAAUAAAAUUGCGUGUUCAAAAACAUAUGGAAAGCGGUGAAAUUGUUGCCAACAUUCCCAUCGAUGACAACUCAACAGGUCACAGUUACAAAAGCCUAUUUGGGAAAUACCUAAAUGGUGCGGUAAAGGAAAUCCUAAUUGACGAGCCAUAUUUUACGGAGAGAUAUCAAUUUCAAAACUUUAUUGUUUUAUUGGAGUUAGCGGUAAAACAAUGCAAAAAUUUGAAAUAUGUAAGAGUGGUAACAAAACCCGACCCAAAAAAUCCCGCUGGACAAAAUUCAAUGAUGAAAAAUAUCAAAGAUGACUUAACUCAGAGGGGCAUAACAUUGUCCAUAAAAUUCGAAGCAACAUUACAUGAUCGUAAAAUUAUUUUAAGUAAUGGUUAUAUUAUAAAAAUUGGUCGUGGUUUACAUUUCUUUAAGCCCACUAAUCCACAGUAUACAUUGGGUUUGUGUGAUUACGAUUAUCGUAAUUGUCUGCAAACUGAUGUGGAUAUUUGUCGUACAAAAACAUUUUCGUAAUAU